AUGUCCAGCGCCGCCGCUGCCUUCCGCCUGGGUCAGCGCGUGGACGCAGCCGGCGACCCCCGCCGCGUAGGCACGGUGCGCUACCUGGGCCCCGUAGAGGGCCACGCCGGAGACUGGGUCGGCGUCGACUGGGACGAUGGCGCUGGUGGCCGGCACGACGGCUCGCUCGCUGGCCGCCGAUACUUCGUCGCCACGGGAGAGUGCUCGGCCUCCUUCGCGCGCCCCACCGCGCUCAGCGGAGGGAUCCCGCUCCCGGACGCGCUCCGCCUACGCUACCGCGGACUUAUUAAAGCUGUUUUGCAUGUUCCAGAUCUCAGACUUCUUGACUUAACUGGAAAUCUAUUCUCACAGUGGCAAGUUAUAUCCCCUCUUUGUCAAGCACUGGCAUCCCUGGAAGUUCUUAAUUUGACAAACAAUACCAUGGAGAAUGAUGUUGCAGAAACUCCAAUGCUCGAGAAUAUCCAAAUUCUUGUUCUCAACAACUGUGGUGUAACAUGGGAACUGAUUGAAAAGAUUAAAGUUUCCUUUUCAUGUAUCAGUGAACUCCACCUGAUGUCAAACAGGUUCAAUAUGAUCAUGACCCCAGAUGGAAAAUUUGUACAAGCUUUCAAUACACUGUGGCUCCUAAAUUUAGAAGAUAAUCACAUUGAUUCAUGGGAUGAAAUUGUGAAACUUUCUUACUUAAGAAGUUUGGAACAACUACAUUUGAACAAAAACAGGUUAAAGCAUGUCAAGUAUCCAUCUAAUCUUUUGCCAGAUGGACCUCUUGAUGAUGCAGCUGCUGUGCUGUUUGAAAAUUUGCAAGUUCUUUUGUUAGGAUCUAAUGACAUAGAUGACUUUUCUUCAGUGGAUUCACUUAAUCUGUUCCCAAGUUUAAGGGAUGUCAGGCUUUCUGAUAAUCCUAUAGCUGAUCCUGCCAAGGGUGGUGCUCCUCGUUUUGUGCUUGUUGCUCGACUUGGAAAAGUUGGAAUACUAAAUGGCAGUGAGAUAAGCCCAUGUGAACGGAGGGAAUCUGAAAUACGAUAUGUCCGCCUUGUAAUGGGAAAAAUAGAAUCAACUGACCCAGAAGAGAUCAAACGGCUACACCCUAGAUUUGCUGAACUGAAGUCCUUUUAUGGUAUUGAAGAUGAGAAACCAACUUCAAGCACAUCGGGGCCACAAAAGAUGGCUUCUGGUCUUAUAAGUGUUACAUUGAAAUGUGUGGGGCCAUCAAUGGGUGAAAAGCAACCACUGACAAAGAAACUGCCUUCUACAGCAACUAUGGGGAAGUUAAAAUCUUUGUGCGAAAGCUUCUUUAAACUGAAGGACAUAAAAGUGAGACUGUUUGUCGAAGAAGAGGGAUGCCCUGUACCACAACUUCUUGAGGAGGACACGGCCUCUCUCAUGGAGCUUGGAAUUGGCUCGGGCGCGACCAUUGUUGUGGACGAAGAGAGGACCACUGUUAUUCUUGGUGCUGGUGCUGUAGCAAUGUUGGGAAGUCGUUGCAAUGCUGUUACUGUUAUGGUUCUAAAUUUGGCCGCCACUCCAAUUGAGCUAAGCUUGAUCGUCCCUUUCUUGCGUUUGGGGGAAACCAUCACCGGCAGUGGGCACUUCCCCUUAACAGCCGACGCAUUGAAGAAUGUUCUCACUGGUCAUGCAUCAAAGGAUGUGCUACUGAGCAUCGUGCAUGCGAUGCUGGGUUGGCUUAUUGCUGCGCCAUUUGUACUGGUCGUGCUGUAUGCUGUUUCGUUCCCUUGUUUCAAGGUCCUGGUCAACAGGUUUGGCGGCAUUCCUUCGAGCCCCAGGACCCCAAUCAAGGCGGUGUAA